GCUACUCAGGAGAAACGAAAUGAUCUGCUCUGGAGCCGCAGCAAAAUGCUGGAUGGACACCUACUCCUGGGAUGGUUAUCGUUCACAGUUAUAGUGUAUCUUCUCAACUUGCCUGGACCGACCGCAGCAUAUUUCGGGUUGACAGGUAAUGAACCGUUGUCUAUCCUGCCACUGAACUCUCUACCGGAGGAGAACGUGGGCAGGGCCCACUACAAGCUGUGCGACCGGCUCAAACUGGAAAAGAAGCAGCGCAGGAUGUGCAGACGAGACCCGGGCGUGGCGGAGACCCUGAGAGAGGCCAUCACCAUGAGCGCCCUAGAGUGCCAGUAUCAAUUCCGCUUUGAGAGGUGGAACUGUACCUUGGAGGGGCGACACCGAGCCAGCAUACUAAAAAGAGGAUUUAAAGAGACAGCCUUCUUGUACGCCAUCUCCUCAGCGGGCCUGACCCACGCGAUGGCCAAAGCUUGCAGCGCGGGACGCAUGGAGCGCUGCACGUGUGACGAGGCCCCCGAUCUGGAGAACCGCAAGGCCUGGCAGUGGGGCGGCUGCGGAGACAACCUCAAGUAUGCCAACAAGUUUGUCAAGGACUUCCUGGGCAAACGCUCCAACAAGGACCUGCGCGCACGCGUGGACAUGCACAACACAAAUGUGGGCAUGAAGGUAAUCAAAGCCGGAGUGGAGACCACUUGCAAAUGCCACGGCGUCUCCGGCUCCUGCACCGUCCAGACCUGCUGGAGGCAGCUCCUGCCCUUCCAUGAGAUCGGCAAGCAGCUGAAGCAGCGCUAUGAGACCUCCAUCAAGGUGGGAAGCUCCACCAAUGAGGCCACGGGGGAGGGAGAGAUCUCCACAGGUCGGAGCCAGCCGCAGCCGCCGCAGCAGCCGCCCCUGCCUGGCCUGAACGAUCAGAUCCCUCGCACUAUGGACCUGCUCCACAUUGAGGACUCGCCCAGUUUCUGUAGACCCAGCAAGUACUCAUCGGGCACGUCGGCCCGCAAGUGCUACAAGGACAAGAACUGCGACGCUAUCUGCUGCGGGCGAGGCCACAACACUCAAAGUAGGGAGGUGACCCGGCCCUGCCAGUGCCAGGUGCGCUGGUGCUGCUACGUCGAAUGCAAGCAGUGCACACAGAGAGAAGAGGUCUAUACCUGCAAAGGGUAGACCAGUCACCUGUCAGCCCCUAUGAUAAGUGGAGCAAGAGAAAGAUGGUUGUGUUGAAGGAGUGGUUGUUCCGUUCUCAAAGAAGGUUUCGCGUCCGCUGUCGGAACAGUGCUCUGCAAACAAAAGAGGAGCGAGCCGAUGGAGAAGCAAUAAGCACUUUGAGGGAUUUCUGUGGGUUUGGUUUCAGAGCUCCUGCGGCCCCCGUGUCGGGGGUUCGCAGAUGAGAGAGAGAGAGAAAAAAAAUCUUCCAAGACAACUGGGUCAACAUCUCAAGCUUUUUUUUUUAAGUCACGGUUUUGCCUUGAAGAGAGAAGCUUUUAUUUUCCUAUUAAAAACAGACAAAAAAACCCCCCAAUUGCAUCUUUUCACAAGAAAACAGAGAUUAGCCCAGUCAACGAGGAUCCAACACAAGGACGGUAACACCAGCGGACUGGUUUCUGGGGCCUUGCCCAAAGAAGAGUGAUGUGUCUGUGUGCGCGUGUGUGUGAGUCAAUCUUUUACAUGUGUGUGUCUGUAUGUGAGAACGUGACGAGGGGAUCGUGAGGGGGCAGGGGGGUUCGAAUGACGACUUCUAUGGCAAUGAAAUCCAUAUUCAGAGACUGCUACAAAGAAAAAAAAAGACAGGGUGUAAGAUUUACUCUACACGCACAUAUUUACACACACACACACACACGUUGUGUGUUUGCAUAUGUAUGUACAUAAAUUCAGUUAUAUUGUAAUGAUAUUAUACAAGCCACUUAUCUAACUAUGUUAAAACAAACCACUAACCACACAAAUGUUUUGCUGUUUGUGUGCUCUCGCUCGUUUUUCUUCUUGAUUAAUGUCGACAAGGCCCUUUGGAUAGCAGCACACUUGUGUCCGUCGUCUUGCUGUGGAUAAUUUAUAGAUCCUUUGGGACUACUCCUUCACAGGGAGAAAAAAACAACAAAAAGAUCUAAUUUUUUUCUUCGUUUUUGGUAAUAAUAUAAUAUGAAGCUGUUAGUAAAUGCAUUGACAGAAAAUAAGUAAACCAGUCAGUUUAGGCUAUUCUCGGCCUUGAGCGAACCAGUGUUCAGGGAAUAACUUAAACCACUAUAACUAUUUGGACAAAAUAGGAGAGAAAUUGUGCAAAUGCAAAUGAUAUCCAAGUUGGAGAUGACAGUGGCCUUGUUAUUACUGCCAACAUCAUUGCACUGGUGAUCACUUGACCAGCAAACGGUCCACGUGUGACUCAGAUCAGAAAUUGUGGAGUUCUGCGGAGCUAAAAUCCACUUAUUAGGGUUUUUUUUCUCCUUCUUUUUGUUCAACUUUUAAUACUUUGAAGUUGUAAAGAAAACUGUGGAGAGCUGGAGGAAUGUAGCCCCCUGCCAUUUUCACAUCCUUCUUUCCUCUUCAGCUGCCACGAUUUGAUUGAGCCAUAUUCAACACAUGUAGACAUGCAGCAUGUGCAGCGGGAGCUGCGUCAGUCAGUCCAAGCAGUGUGGGGCAACGGAGACGGUAAUCUAACCUGACGUGUCUGCAGAGUCGCUGGAGUGAAGAUGAAAGCGAAAGUCUCCUAGCUAAUAUAAAUGUGUUUUAUUAGACUAAUAUUUGCUAAUGUUGGGCUAAUUGAUGCCUGAAUGCAUACAUGGGGGGUUUGCAGCUCUGCUGUCUUUAUCCAGAAGUCAGCGAAGUCGUUAUGAUACAUGAGUUAAUUUGCUUUUUUUAAAAUAUUGUUGCUUUGCACAAAGUGACACAGUUAACACAAUGCAGCAUACUGAACCCCACCAUGCAACUACAGUGUUUCUUGCCCAGAGUGAGAUGGCUGAUGCCUCUUUCGUGUUUGUCUGGUGAACAUAAGGCUACAGCUAGCAGCUAGUUAGCUUAGUCUAGCUAAGGACAGAGGGAAACAGCUAUCCUGGCUCUUUCCAAGAGCAACAAAAUCAGCCUAUCAGCACCCUUAAAGCUCCCUACUUAGCAUGGUAGUGUUGUCUCAUGUUGUUUUACACUUUUUGUUUUUGUGUGGAUUAAACAAACAAGACAUAACGUGUUAAUAAGUGAGCUUUGGAGGUGUUGGUAGAGCAGAGCAAGGCUAGCUAGCUAAGCUAAGCUAACAGCUGUAGAUUCAGAGCAGUAACAAUGUCCUCAUCUCACUCCCGGCAACAGAGCGAACAUCUCUCAAAACGUCAAAGUGUUGCUUUGAGACACAACCAUGAAGUCAGAAAUGCCUCAACACACAAACAAUGCAGACAACAUUAUUUCAUGUAUUCUCAGCACUCUCAGAACAUUAUGUUAUAUACUAUAAGAUAUGCCUUGUUUCGAUGGGUGUGAAUUAACUACUGAGUGAGGGACCCAGCUUUGUAUUAUAGCGCCAUUCACGCACUGAAGCCCAAAAGCCCUUUUAAAGUAUUUUAAGAUCUGUAUUUAUGGAUACAGCGCAGUGCAGAAUCUUUUUUUUUUUUUUUUUAAUUUGUAAAUAGCAAAGGUUUCUUCUCCUGUGGUAUAGUGACAAAAGUGAGGCACAUGUUCAACUCUCACGAGCAACUGAAACAGAAACUGGUGGCAAUAAGAAACGUCUGUGGAAACGGCGCACAGCUGCUGGAACGAGACGGUUACAGAUUGUAAUCAGCGACACGGCCCCACGCCAAGCAUCCUUAAAAGUGGCUUUUACCUUUGAGGGACGGGCCAGUCUUUGAAGAUGAGCAUCACAGUGUAUUUGAUAUUAAGCCACCGUCCUCGACAGCGCUAUCUGGCUCUAGGAAAGCGAGCCUAGCGCGGGUUAUUUGUCCCGAGGAGAUGAAUUCCAAGCAUUUUGAUAUGAGACAGCAUGCCAAAUAAAGACUGGUCAAAACAUAUACAUAGAACUUUGCACGCUACAUGGAAACCAUAAUAGCUAUGCUGAGACUUGAAGCAUAAAUGCCUGCUUCCCACAGCUUUCGGUGUGUGUGCGCUCUCCACACACACACACACACACACACACACACACACACACACACACACUCCUUGGCCCAAACACGCUGAGGUUCUCGACUAUUGAACAAAUUCAAAACAGGCAUGACAGGAACACCAAAUGCACACCGGGUGCAUUUUUGUUUGUUUAUAGAUUGUACAUAGGCCUUAAAGGAGCAUGAUGCAGCAGCCGGUCGGUUUUUAGAUGUCACAGUCGUCCACAUUCUCAAAUCCAAAACUCUGCACUGUUUAGUCGUCAGUGGAUCAUGUACAAAAUUCUGUUUUGUAGAAAAAAAAAUAAAAGAUAAAUUAUUUUUAAAUAUAUUAUGAGCAUGUGUUUAGUGUAAAUAACGUCAAAGUCUAAAUUGAUUUUAUAUCCUGUAUUUUUUACUCUGUUUUUCUUUUGGGGGUGUUUGUUCCUUUUUGGGGUGGAGGCGUCGAGAAGCAGCGUAUAAACACAUUUCAUUUCAUAUCUCAUCGUUCGCUGUCAUCUAAGCACUAACAAAUCCUAACAAAUUUAGAAUCAACUCACCUGUAGCUGUCUUUUACUCAUGCGCACGAUCCAUCAUCGCAUUUUUGAGAGCGUUCAAACAAAAUCACAGUCAUCAUUAUUUUUACUUUUUUUUUAUAGGAUUUGAUCUGUUUGUAUAAUCGACUUUCGUGAAAAGACUUUGUAAUGUUGGUUAUCACCAUAUGAUGCGGUAUGAACUCAUGAUUGCAUCAGCGUGGCCUGGUUAAUACUCACCUUUGGAUCACUUUACAUGUACAUGUACUUUUUGUUAGGAUUUGUGCUGUGCUUGUAAAACAAAGAUAAAACACACCAACCAUGUAUUGCCCUUUGUGAUGAUACUACACCAACAAAGCUUUGUCCAUGUUCACUUAUUCAUGUCUUAUGGGAACCCUAAAUUAUUUUCCUCUACCUCAUGUGUAUAGCUUGUAGGUAUAAACAGAUCACAAAUGACUGGUAAGAAUGUAUUUAAGUUAUUUAACAUCUUUGUAUAACAAAGGCGAAAAAAA